GUUUUUUUUGGUUUGAUUUGUGUUUGUAUUUUUUGUAUUCUUUGAUCUGUGGUUUUGUAUCUUAAACAACAAUUUCACUCCCCUAAGCACUCGGAUUGAUCUCUUAUCCAUUGAUCUAUCUGCUAAUUUGCUUCGAUUUAGGGUUUUGGGUUUUUUUUUUUGGUUCGAUUUCGAUUAGUGUUUGUAUUGUUUAGAUGAACGAUCAAUCUAAGCUGAUGAAUCCGCCACCUCCACAGCAGAUGAUUGGUCAGCCUCCGCCGCAACAGAGGAUGAAUCCGCCGCCGCCUUCUCAGGUAAUGAACCCGGUUCAGCCACGGAUUAUGAACCAGACGCCGUUGUUAGGCCAAUCCCAUCCGAUUAUGAGUAUGAACCAGCAGCCUCAGGUUAUGAUGAACAACCAGGCUAUGAUGAUGAAUCCUCGCAACUUUAACCUUAACCCUAGUUUGAGUUCUGAGUACCAGAGCCUUCCUCCCAACAACUUUGGUUCGAAGCAUUCCAAAAUGAUGCGGAACAAUUGGAAAGGGAAGAAGAUUACAGGUGACAAGAGGCCAAUGAUGGAGCAGCCGAUUAGGAGAAUGCAUAACUCUGGGAUUCCUAUGUAUAACCCUCAGCAGCAGAUGCCUGGUUCUGGUAGUAGUAUUCAGGUUGGACCUGUUGGUGCAGGUGGUUACAAGCCGCCGACUUUGAACGAGCUGCAGUCUCAGAACAGGUUAAAGACGAGGAAGUUUUAUCCGAAGAAGAAGUAUGGUAACCGAUAUGUUCCUUAUGCUCCCAGAAACACGACUUCGUUCAUUAUCAGGGCAAAGAAAUCUGGUGGAAUUGCUGAGUUGGUGUCUCCUUGCCCUGUCACACCUGCGGUACUGCCUACGCCCAUGUUCUCGCCAUCCAGAGAGGUGUUGGGGGAUAUGGCGAAAGAGGAGUGGGGGGUUGAUGGCUAUGGCUCCAUGAAAGGGCUGAUUAGGCUGCGGGCUGAUGGAAAUGAGUUGGAACCUUAUGAUGAGGAUGAUGAAGAUGAAGGUGGAUCGAGUGAGAGUGAUGUGGAGGAGCAUGUUGAGGUUGAGAGGAGACUGGACCAUGAUUUAAGUCGGUUUGAGAUGAUUUAUCCCAAUUAUGGUGGGUCGGAGUAUAACAAUGUAUUGGAAAACCGAGUGGAUGAUCAGGAUAGCCAUAUUGCUCAACUGGAGGAAGAGAACUUAACACUGAAGGAAAGGUUGUUCUUGAUGGAGAGGGAGUUGGGUGACAUGAGGAGAAGGUUGCAGUAUCUCGAGAGGAGGGAUAUGGUUGCUGAAGAUGCUAACGAGGAAGUUGUUGAGAAUGAAUCUGAAAGUGAUGGUGAUGACACAGGGGGAUCUGAUGCACGUACUAGUGGUGAAACAAAGGACAACCAUGUAGCUGCAGAAGAUGUUUGUAUGCAAGAUGCUGCGAGUAGGGAUGGUGAGGCUACUGUGAAAGAAAUUAACAGCAACAAUAAGAGCACUGUGGAUGAAGCUAAAGUUAGCAAACAUACGACUGAUGUGGGAAGUUCUGGGGAAAAGAAACCUGAAGGUAAGGAAAAAGCUGAGACAGAGUUUCGGGAAGUUUCAGGGGAACAAUGUGAGGAAACGAAUCAGGGCAAGGUUGGUAUGGAUCAGAGUAAGGAUAAUGAAAUGGCGAUUGAGAAGCUUGAAGAUACAUCUGAGAAUGUUUCUGUUGGAGAACAAUGAACAACCAUAUGACACCUGGACCAAGGAAUGAAGCUGACAGGAGGAACCCAUGAUGAUAGGCGGUAACCAGUGAUGGAUGGAGAGGUGUGAUGCAAAAGUUGAUGUGUAGCAUUGUCCCUUUGGAAUAAUGUAAGUCUCUUAUGUGCACAGGCGUUAGUGAUGUAUCUCUGCAGCUUUAUGAUGUAUAUGUCAAGAAAAGUGCUUGUCUUUAGUAGGCGUAGUCUAGUUUCCCCGUCAUCGCUUUUGGUAUCAGAGUUUAGGAGAUUCACUUUCACAGGGGGAAGUUCAUAUAAAGUCUUCAUGGUAAGCUUUUUUUUUUUUUUUUUUUUUGAACUUUUACAUAUUCUCGGUAUUACCUCUAUGAUGAUCUGGUUCAUCUUGUUGAUGAGUUUCCCGGGUUAAUAAGAUUUGUAGUAAAAGCAACAAAGUUCAUUGUAGUGGAAAAAAACUUAUGGAUUUUAUAUAGUUUGUUUCUAUGAAUUGUAUUUUUGAUGCUUCACUUAUAAUAAUAGCAUAAGCAUAA